GGUGUCCAUCUGCUUCCUCGUCACCAGCGCGCUCGUCCUCGGCUGAAACAGCUCCUUGAAUGUCCCUAACUCUCAGGAGGGGCUGUAAAUGUAAAUGCUGGUACUUGCCAAGAGCAGAAAUUGAUCAGCAAUCAAAAUCUUGCAUAUAGGAAUUGAGGCUACACCAGAGUCGUGUGGCUUGUGGUGAAAAUAAAACUGGAGUUGUUGAACUUCCUCCCAUUGGUUCCACAUUAAUAUCUGCAAAGUGCUGCUGAUAAAGGUAUCAGAGAUUCCAGCUGCACCUGCACUAGGUGUUAUUGCAGUUUAUGGAAAUGUAUGCUUUUCAAGGAGGAGCUGUAGCCAGGAGCUCAGCACAUACAAGCAGGUUUGGUUUGGGUGUUCCUGUUAUUCUGAGGAACUCAGAGGAGACCGAAUCCAGCACAAGGGUACUGAAAAAACGGAUGAGACAAGUGAAGAAUCCUUUUGGGUUGGAGAUCUCUAAUCCUGCUGCAGCUUCAGUAACAAGGGGUGUAACACUGACACCAGACUGCCUGGAGGACUGUGUCCUUACCUGCUACUGGGGCUGCAAUGUCCAGAAACUCCACGAAGCGCUGCAGAAACAUGUCUACUGCUUCAGGAUAAAGACUCCUCAGGCAUUAGAGGAUGCUCUCUACAACGAAUACCUCUACAAACAACAGCACUUCAUUAAAAAAAAUGACAAGGCAGAGAAAUAUUGUCAGUUACCAGAAGAUGCUCAAGUUGUGGAUUUUGGCCCCGUGCCUAGAGCUCGCUAUCCCUUGGUAGCAUUGCUGACGUUAGCAGAUGAAGAAGACAGAGAAAUAUACGAUAUUAUUGCAAUGGUGGCUGUAAUUCACGUUCCUGAUGAAAGCUACAGACUUUCCUGCCGAAUUUUGUAUCAGUAUCUCCUCCUAGCUCAAGGUCAAUACCAUGACCUGAAGCAACUCUUCAUGUCUGCAAAUAGUCCUGCACCCUCCUCCAGUGAUACCUUCCCUGGUGAGAGCAGCACUGACAGAGGGCUGCUGGAAAAGGCCGGGCUGGCUGGAGAUGAACCAGAACUGCAGGAAGAAAACAGCAAAGACUGUGUUGUUUGCCAGAACGGCCCCGUGAACUGGGUCCUCCUGCCCUGCAGACACACGUGCCUGUGUGAUGGCUGCAUCAAGUAUUUCCAGCAGUGCCCAAUGUGCAGGCAGUUCGUGCAGGAGUCCUUUCCACUUUGCAGCAAAAAGGAGCAAGAUGAGGAUGAAUCGACCCGUGUCUUGCAAGAUGUUCUUCCUGGAAGAGUUUUUUAACGGGAGUUAAAAAUAAAAGACCUGGGUUGUGUGCACUAAGAUUAAAUGUGGAAGCCAGACUAUUUAUAGGAGGAUAUGUAGUGUUAACUUGUAGGAUUUUGGUGGGUUGUUUUUUUUUUUUUGUUGGGUAAUUUUCAGCUUCCUUAUUUUUCCUCGCUCCAUAUGCUCGCAGGAGCGUUGCUUACCCGUGCAAUGUGGACAGGAGAAGUGCGUAGGAUAGCUCUGAAGGAUGUGAUUUUAUUUAUAACUGCUUCCUAGAUUUUCUUGGAGCACUAUUGGAGGCUAUUUUGACUACUAAAUUUAGGCUGUCUACUAAAAAAAGAAUAAAACUUGCAAGUGCAGUUGCACAAGGCUCAUUCUAUAUUUAUUGUGUCUAAAAUACUAGAGCCGUAUAUUAUUUUAACUCAGUAUAAUUUAGGAACUUAGCACUUUACAGAAUGUACCAUAUGAAGGAAAGUAAAUAUUCUUCAUUGUUAA